AUGGACCAGGAUCUCUAUGACGAGUUUGGUAACUAUAUUGGCCCAGGGUUCGAGGAAGAUGGUGGCCUAGACUCGGAUCUGAGCCUUCCAGACAGCGAUGUAGAUCGAGAACCAGUGACCAGGAUAACGAGGCAAAACAUAGUGGAAUACGACCCAGAAUCAGCAUAUAAAGAUGAUGAUCCCUACGAAGACGUGGAAGUUUUCGUGCGGGAAGAGGACACGCAGACGAUAGAAGUGCCAAUAGUGAAGGCAGAGGAGUCGCACGUUGAGAGAGUGUAUAACAUACGAAGGCUGGACAGCGACAUUAACGCGAAGAACUUUGACAUCAUGGAAGAGUCGAUGCCGCCAAACAGGUUCACAUUCCAGUUCAUGGCCUCGCUGAUGAACCAGCCAGAGUUUAUAAGAAACGUGUGUAUAGCAGGGAACCUGCACGACGGGAAGACGACACUGGUGGAUAGGCUGAUAGAACACAGCAGGUUCACGAACAGAGGAGCGGCAAGAGCCUCAAGUAAGGGGUUGGGGAGAGAAGGAGGCGGAGCGAGCGGAGGGCACACACAGAGGCCGACGGAAGCAAUGAGGACGACCACUGAAUUCACGCGCUACACAGACUCGAGAUUGGAUGAGCAGGCAAGAGAAAUGAGCAUAAAGGCGACGCCGAUAUCGCUGGUAUUCCAGAACAGCCUCUACGAAAACGUGGAGGACCCCAGCGACCACCCGAAGUGCAAGUCGUACCUGUUUAACAUCUUCGACACGCCUGGGCACGUUAACUUCAUGGACGAGGUGGUGCACGCGCUGGCGCUGAGCGACGGGUGCGUGCUGGUGGUGGACGUGCUGAUGGGCCUGACGAGCGUGCUCGAAAACGUAAUUAAGCAGUGCGUGCACGACGGAGUGAAAAUGUGCCUGGUGGUCAACUGCCUGGACAGGCUGGUGCUGGAGCUGCGUUUGCCGCCAUCAGACGCAUAUCUGAAGAUAUGCCACACGAUAGGAGAAGUGAACCAGUACCUAGCAAGCACAGUGGAGCUGUUGAGAGGGUCGGCAGGAGGAGGCGCAGAAGGCGACGGGGAGUUUGAGAACGAGUACGAGUUCGCGCCUGAGAAGAACAACGUGGCCUUCGCGUCGGGAAUCUUCGGAAUAUUCUUUACGCUGAAGUCGUUCGCGAAGCUGUACUCGAGGAAUAACCUGCACGAGUUCUCAAGGCGCCUGUACGGAGACUACUUCUACAACCCAGUGAAAAACACGAUUACGACAAAGCCGGUAUACGUGCACAAGGCGUCAGAAGUAAGAGAGAGUCAAGGUCAAACGAAGGGUACUGAAGAUGAUCAGUUAAACGGCACAGAAGAAUACGACGAAAACUACAAUGAAAAUGACGGAAGAGUAAAUGAGGAGGAAGAUGAUAAAUACGAGGAGAUGGAGCUGAAGAGAACGUUUGUAGCGUUCAUACUGGAGCCAAUAUAUAAGUUGAUAUCGCACGUAGCAAGCGACGAAAGAGAAGAGUUGGAGGAAGUGUUGGAGGAGUUUAACAGCGCACUGACCACGGAAGUUAGGAUCUCGCUCAAAAAAGAAGACUAUAAGCUGACGACGAAGCAAAUACUGGCGAAGGUGUGCUCGUGUCUGUUUACAGACGCAAGCGCGUUCGUGGAGAUGGUGAUAUCGACAGUGCCAUCGCCAAAGGAAAACAACUAUAACAAGUUUAGAGUGCACUACACAGGGGAUCUGACGACAAGUCUGGUGGAAGACGUGAAGAGGUGUGACGCGAAAGGAAAGCUGGUGGUGUUCGUAACGAAAAACUAUUUCAGAAGCGCAGAGGGCACGUUCGACCUCUUCGGAAGAGUCUUCUCAGGAACGCUGAAGAAGGGAGACGAAAUUAAGCUGCUGGGACCGAGUUACACACUGGACGACGACGAAGACGUUAUCGUGAGGAACGUGAGGAACAUAUGGAUAUCGGAAGCAAGGUACAGAGUGGAGGUGACGAAAAUAGGAGCAGGAAACUGGGUGCUAAUAUCAGGAAUAGACCUGUGCCACUUUAAAACGAGCACAAUAACACACGGGUUAGGAUUAGGUACAAGUGGAGCAACAGGUGGAGCAACAAGUGGAGCAACAAGUGGAACAACAGGUGGAACAACAGGUGGAACAACAGGUGGAUAUACUAGUGGAGGAACAAGUAGAACAACAGGAGGAUCGUCAACAUGUGCAUUGGACCUGGAGCUGAUGACGAUAAGCAGUUACCUGGCAGUGACAAAGCCAGUGUUUAAAGUGGGACUGGAGCCACUUAACCCAAACGAACUGCCGAAGAUGAUCAACGGCCUGAGAGCAGUGGAAAAGGCGUACCCAGCCUCAGUGCUUAAGGUGGAAGAAAGCGGAGAACACGUGGUGCUGGGGACAGGAGAAGUGUACCUGGACUGCGUGCUGCACGACCUGAGAAGGCUCUUCGGAAACUUGGAAAUCAAAGUGUCAGACCCAGUGGUGAGGUUCACGGAGACGAUCAUGGAGUCGAGCUCGAUGAGGUGCUUCGUGAGCACGGCGAACCAGAAGAACAAGCUGUACAUGUUGACGCAGCCGCUGCAGCAAGGAGUGGCAAGUUUGGUGGAGGAGAGACUCAAUGGAGCCACCAGUACCUAUGGUGGAAGUGGAGCCACCAACUUCAACGAGAAUUUGAGGAUGCUGGAGAAGUACGGCUGGGACGAGCUGGAUAUCGCAAACAUCUGGUCCUUUGGACCGGACUCGAAGGGGCCGAACGUACUCGUCAACGACACGAUUCCCUCGGAGGUGGACCUGACUCUGCUGAACCAAGUGCGCCCCUCAGUGAUACAGGGCUUCAACUGGGCGGCGAAGGAGGGGCCGCUUAUCGAAGAGCCAAUAAGGAACGUCAAGUUUAGGCUGAUCGGGUGCGAGUUGUCGAGCGAGUACAUGAACAUCACGCCAGGGCAAAUAAUACCAGCAAUAAGGAGGCUCUGCUACUCGUCGUUCCUGCUGAGCACUCCGAGGCUGAUGGAGCCAGUGGUCUUCGCAGAAAUACAGUGCCCGGCAGACUGCGUGGCCUCGGUCUACACAAUACUGUCGAGGAGAAGAGGGCACGUGCUGAGAGACAUGCCGAAGCCGGGCACGCCCUUCUACCUGGUGCACGCGUACCUGCCGGCAAUCGAGUCGUUUGGAUUCGAGACAGACCUGAGGAUCCAUAGCAGCGGACAGGCCUUCUGUUUAACCAUGUUCGAUCACUGGAACAUAGUGCCAGGAGACCCGCUGGACAAGUCGAUUGUCCUGAAGCCUCUGGAACCAGCGCCAAUACCACACCUGGCAAGAGAGUUUCUGCUGAAGACGAGGAAGAGAAAGGGACUGACGGAAGAUGUGUCGAUCAACACGUUCUUCGAUGAUCCAAUGUUGUCUACCCUAGCGGAGAACCUGCAGGAAUUCUACUGA